CCUCGCUAAAAUCCCAGCUCCCCAGUUUCCGGCCACAGCCUCUUCAGUUUUGCUGGCUCACCAGUCAUCAAUUGCAUUCACUGGACUAAUCCAUCCAAUUGGCGUUAAUGGAGGUUAACCAGGCGUAUAUAUCCCCCAAUACUGCAGAGACUGAUGAUGAGAUCUCAUUUGUUCUUGAUCUUUCUGAGAAUGAUCCUUUGUUCCAGAAGAAAAAGAAAUUACUGGAAGACGUAGGCAUUGAUCCAAAGGGAAGUGUUGCCUUGAAUAUUGCCUCCAAUCCUGAUCACUUGAAGCAUGUCCUGGACAUGAUGCUUAAGCGUGCCAGAAUCAUAAACUUGAAUGAGAUUGAACUGUAUUUUGGGGGAGCAGAUUUCUCUAAUCUGGUGGAUUUUAAUAGUCCAAGGAAUGAGUUGGAAGCUCUACAUUCUGUUCUUAGACUCAUUGAUUGUUCAAUUUCCAAUGGUAAAGUCAAGAAUAAAAAUUCACUGCAAGAGAUACGCAAUGCAACAGUUAAUAUGAUAGAUGAACUUGGGCACAAGUAUGGAGAGGAAACUAAAGUUGUUCAAGACUCCAGUUGUGAAAAAGAGGAAUGUCUACUGCAGUGGGGCAAAAGUAAUGGUCUCCACACAAAAUUGGAGAUAGCUUAUGUUGAAGGAGCUGGAAGAGGAGCUAUCGCUAAAGAAGAUCUGAAAAUUGGGGACAUUGCUCUAGAGGUCCCUGUGUCUUUGGUCAUUUCCGAGAACCUGGUUUUUGAAACUGACAUGUUUCCAAUAUUGGAGAAAAUUGAGGGGAUUUCUUCAGAGACAAUGCUAUUGUUAUGGAGCAUGAAGGAGAAACACAACAGCAAUUCCAAUUUCAACUUAUAUUUCGAUACGUUGCCUGCAGUGCUUAAUACAGGAUUGAGCUUUGGGGUCAAUGCCAUCAUGGCUUUAGAUGGAACUAUCUUAUUGGAAGAGAUAGUACAAGCAAAAGAGCACUUACGUAACCAAUAUGAACAGUUAUUUCCUGUCCUAUAUGAGAAUUAUCCUGACGUAUUUCCACCAGAGCUUUAUACAUGGGAGCAGUUUCUCUGGGCUUGUGAGCUCUGGUACUCCAACAGCAUGAAGAUUAUGUUCAGUGAUGGAAAGCUAAGGACCUGCUUAAUUCCUGUUGCUGGUUUCCUGAACCACUCGAUGUGUCCACACAUAACGCACUAUGGGAAAGUAGAUCCAUUGACAGAUUCUGUAAAAUUUCCUUUGUCAAGGCCUUGCAAUGCAGGAGAGCAAUGCUUUCUUACCUAUGGAAAUUUCUCCAGCUCACAUUUACUUACUUUUUAUGGCUUUUUGCCACGACAAAAAAAUCCUUAUGAUGUUAUUCCACUUGAUAUUGAUAUUGCCCAAGAUGAAGAUUGUGAGGAUGCAGGGCGCAUGUCUGAUUGGGACAGUCACAUGGUGCGGGGCACCUGGUUCUCAAGGAACAAUGGGAUUUUCAAUUAUGGUUUGGCACCUCCAUUCCUUGAUCACUUUCGAAGGGCUCGGGGGCCUAUCUCACGAACAAAGACCCGCGAUAGCCUGGAAAUUGAAGUUGAAAUACUCAAUGACCUUCGCUCUACCUUUGAAGAUAUGAUGGAGUCCCUCGGUGGAGAAGAGCUUGAUGACAGGGACAGUUGCAGUUGGGAUGUAAAGCUUGCAAUGGAUUUCAAAGACUUACAGAGGAGAAUUGUCUCCUCAAUCAUAACUUCAUGUGACGCCGGUUGCAAGUUGUUGGAAUACGAACUGAGCAGAUGCUCAGAAUAGCAAGGAUGUAUAAUGGGAAAAAAACUUGUAGCAGGUAGGAGGGCAUCAUCUAUAACCUUGCAUUUGGUUAGUUUUCAAACAAAACUUGUGGCACCGAGGCUGUAAAUGCAUGGGUGAUGAUGUUCCAGUUGGUCCUUCAAAUGGCCUUUUCUGAUACCUGCGAAACUGUAGGAAAAGGUUUCACUA